AUGUUACCAAUAAAUAAUCAAAGAUAUAUCAUUCCAUUUACAUCGAAUUCAGAAUCUGCAUUUGAUGAAUAUUUAGAACUAUUAAAAAAGGAUCAACAAUUAAAAUCAAUUGAAGAUCUUUCACUCUUUCAAUCGACUACUUCUGAACAAAUAAAUAGAAAGUACAACUAUCGUAGAGUUAUUGUUGCUAGAGAUUGGACAGAUCUAUACCAACCUAAUUAUCAAGUUCAAUCAGAGUUACCUUCAAUCGCCACUGAUGGUACUGAUGAUGAACAAGAAAAGAAUGUCUUGAAAAAGAAGAUAAUCAUGAUUGUUUGUGGUCAGAGUGGUAUAUUCCUGCAACUUGGAUUGCAACUCUACGAUCAAUUUCCUGUAUAUAGAGAUACAGUAGAUCAUGUAAAUCAACUCUACCUAACAAUCUCUGGUUUCAAUGUAAUGGAAAAGAUAUUGGAACUGUGCCAACUUCCACCAGACUCUAAAGAGGGUUACAGCCAGCUUCUCGUCAAUCCCCUGCUUUUUAUUUUUCAAAUUGGAAUGAUUCAUCUUUUCAGACACUUUGGUAUUGAACCAGACAUGGUUUUCGGGCUGAGUUUGGGUGAGAUUGCACUUUUCUAUUUGUCUGGAUCGGUCACUCUGGAGACGGCCGUAAAGAUUCUCUAUUAUCGAUCGAUCUAUCAAAACGAAGCGUUGACUACCUACGGCGGUAAGAUGUUAAACGUCCGCAUCAACUACCAUACCUAUCUGGAAAAGUAUGCUAGCCGUUAUCCAGAGUUGGAUAUUGCAACCAAAGCAUCGGGUAUAACAGUGUUGGCCGGUCAACACGAUCAUCUAUUCACUCCACUCAUGUUGGAGUUUGAGCGUGAUGGUGUGGAGUGUUUCUUCUUGGCUAUCGUCGGUACUGUACAUUCGCGAGCUCAGAAAUUGGUUAAACACAAAGUACUCGAUUCUCUGGCGGGAUUGGAGAUGGAAUCGGUCGCCGCCAAGAUACCGUGGUACUCGACGGUGUCGGGCGAUCGCUAUGACCGACCAAUCGAUGCCAAGUACAUCUACCACAACAUGAGAAAACCAGUGGAGGUAGAGGCAGCGUUGCAAUCGAUUGCACGUGACAUCAAAGAUAGAUUCCAAGACUAUGUAUUCCUUGAGAUCUCUGGCAAUGCCAACAUCCUAAGUAUGAUCAAACCAACACUUCCAAAAGCGAUCGUAGUUGCAUCGAUAAAGAAAAGACAUGAUGAAGUUCUACAUUUCCUCUACUCACUUGGUAUUCUGUUUUGUCACGGAUUCGAUGUAUCUUUUAAAUCACAAUUUCAUGAAGACCAAAUCAAACAACACAAUCUUACCACUCACACAACCAACAAGUUUAAUGAAAUCUUAAAGCUCAUUCAUUUGGAUCAGCAAUCCAAUAUUAAUAUUGAUCAAUUUAAAAUAAUAUCAAAGUUUAUUGAUAAAUAA